AUGGAGAUUACAGUCGAUGACAAGAAGGUGUAUGAGACGCAGGGUGAGACGCCCGAUGAACUGCUCAAGGAAGAUUCCACUCCGAGAGUUGGAGAGCUUGCCUUCGAGGAAUACACCAGUGGAGGAUUGGGCAGACAUAUGGGCAUCUCGUCGACGAUUUUUCUAAUCGUCGGCCGUAUCAUCGGAACAGGAAUCUUUUCCACCCCCUCGUCCGUCACGUCAAAUGCCGGCAGUGUUGGCGCGGCACUGUGCCUGUGGAUGCUGGGCCUGGUGCUCGAGGCGGCAGGUCUCUGUGUCUGGCUGGAGUUUGGGUGCAUGAUUCCUCGCAGUGGUGGUGAAAAGAAUUAUCUGGAAGCGGCCUUCCGUCGCCCGAAGCUGUUGAUCACGAUCGUUUAUGCGGUCCAGGCCAUUGCCCUGGGAUUCACUGCCUCCUCGUGCAUCGUCUUCGCCUCGUACAUGGUCGUCGCGGCCAACCACACGGCUACCGAAUGGGAAGAGCGCGGGAUCGCCAUUGGCGUCAUCGUCUUCAUCACCCUUUUGCAUACCUUUUUCCCCAACUGGGGCGUGCGCGGCAUGAACGCCCUGACGAUCAUGAAGAUCGCCCUGCUGGUCUUCAUCGUUGUCACAGGAUGGGUCGUGCUCGGCGGUGGUGUCUCUAGCGUGCCGGAUCCCCAUGCCAGCUUCCGCGACGCGUUCAAGGGCUCGGCCACGUCCAGCAACCUUUAUGUGACGGCGCUGUUCUCGGUCUUGAACUCUUAUUCAGGCUGGUCCAAUGCGGCAUAUGUCCUCAAUGAGAUCCGUAACCCAGUCCGCACCCUGAAGAUCGCCGGUCCCCUUGGCUUGGGAAUCUGUGGCUUCCUGUACCUUUUCGCCAACAUCGCCUACUACGCUGUGGGUACGCCGGAGGAAAUUUCCAACAGCGGUGUCACUGUCGCGUCGUUCUUCAUGGAAAGGGUAUUUGGCACCUCGGCCAAGCGAGCAUUGAGUGUGCUUGUCGCUCUGUCCGCCUUUGGCAACGUUAUGGCCGUCACCUUCGCACAGUCGCGCGUGAACCAGGAACUCGCCAAAGAAGGCGUGAUCCCCUUCUCUCGCUUCUGGGCUUCGACCUGGCCGUUCGGAUCCCCUUCGGCAGGUCUGCUGCUGCAUUUCAUCCCUUCCUUCAUUGUGAUUGUGGCCAUCCCCUUCGGAGAAGCGUACGACUUCAUCAUCGACGUGGAGGGCUACCCCAGCAGCGUGAUCGACUUCCUGGUCGGAUUCGGCCUGAUGUACCUGCGCUGGGCCGAACCGGAUAUCCCCCGCCCCUUCAAGGUCUGGUGGCCCGUGGUCAUCUUCUACAUGGCGGGUCAGGCCUUCCAGCUCGUCGCACCCUUCAUCCCCCCGCCCGACGGCUCCACCGACACCUCGCUGCCCUACUACCUGUACGCGAUCGUCGGUCUGGUGGUUCUCAUGUUGUCCGUCGUCUACUGGGCUAUUUGGCAGAAGGUCCUGCCCGCUCUGGGCGGGUACAAGCUCGUGCCUGACCAUCAGGUCCUGGCUGACGGCACGACUUUCGUGGAGUAUAAGCGUGUCAAGGUGGAUUAA